AUGAAAACAGAGCUGUGGUCCUCAUCAAGAAUAUUGAAGAAAAAGAAGAUGAAGCGGGACAGAAUAAGCAACCUACAUGAUGAUAUUAUACAACAAAUCCUGUCAUGUUUGCCGAUCAGGGACGCAGUGAGGACAAGAAUUUUGUGCCGUAAGUUGAAGUCCAAAUGUGAUAAUCUUCCAUGCCUUGUAUUCGACGAUCAGUGUUGUCUCUGGGAUCAAGCUAGCACCACAUUUGAGUGCAUUGUUGAUCAUGUUCUUCUCUUUCAAAUUGGCUCCAUACACACCUUCAAGAUUUCUCGUAAAGACCUAGCUGCUGUGGAUCUCAAUAGAUGGAUCUAUCGUGUGUCGAAAUCCUCCGUCAAGAAGUUCACACUGGAGCUGUGGAGAGGUCCUCCUUACAAUGUCUCUUCCAGUUUGUUUCUGUGUAAGAAUUUGGUUCAUUUAGAGUUAUAUAAUUGUGUGCUUAAACUCCCGUCGACAUUCAAAGGCUUCAGGACAUUGAAGAUCUUAUAUACUCAAAUGGUUACCAUUGCGCAAGAUGACUUCGAAAAGAUGAUUAGUUGCUCUCCUCAGCUUGAGAGACUGAUUCUGUGUGAAUUUGAUGGUAUCAAAAAUCUCAACAUUGAUGCACCAAAACUCCAGUACCUUACGGUCAAAGGUGAUUUUGAGGAUGUUGACAUUGGGAUGAAUACCUUAAACCUUGUUCAUGUGUCCAUUGAACAGCAAAAGGCAGCUCCUAUCAGUUGUACCAAUUUGGAAAAGUUCUUUUCUCAACUGACCCUUAUCGAAAAUCUCUCAAUUGAGGGUGUUUUCUUAGAGUCUUCUGCUGGUGCCUUGCAAGAUGAGCUGCCGAAACCUUAUUUAUCUCUCAAGGUUCUUCGCUUAGGCAUACUCUGGAAUAAUAUGGAUGAGAUUGUAGCUGCUGUACGCAUUCUGAGAAGCUCUCCUGCCCUAAAAGAGCUAGAAAUUUCUCUUUGCCAAGAAGCUGAGGCUGCUGAUGCUAAUGCUAAUGCCGGAGACACAACUUUUUGGUUAAAUCAUAUGCUAAAUGAUUACCAGAACUGGGAAUUGACCCAACUUAGACUUGUGAAAGUAUCCGGCUUCUCUGGUGUCAAAGCUGAAGUGGACUUCAUCAAAUAUCUGCUUUUAAGGUCCCCUGCUCUUCAACAAUUAGAAAUUUUGGCUCAGAGACAAUAUGGGGAUGUUAGGGGAGAAGUGAGCUCUUGGUUAGACGACAGCCAAGUCUGUGCAUUCAACCAACUGCGAGUUGUGAAAGCAAGUCGCAUUUCCGGUGUCAAAGCUGAAGUAGAACUCAUCAGAUUUCUGCUUUUAAAUUCACCUGUGCUUGAGAAGAUGAUUCUUCGGCCACUUCACAGUUCUGGUGGUUGUCGGUUAUUGAAGAAGCUGCUCAUGUUUAGGCGCGCUUCGGCACAAGCACAGAUAGAGUACUUGCAUCCAUUAAAGCUUGUACAUUCCUAUUCUGAGUCUGACUCUAGCUCUCCAUCUGACUCGGACUAA